AUGGAAUCUUUCCUAGACUCGAACGCCUCGGCUGGAAAUAAAUCUCGUCCAGGAGAAAACGCUGAAAUUGUUUGUUACAACAUGGACAGCAAUUAUUUUGCAACCGAUGGUUAUCUUGGAUGGUACAUUGCUAACUGCGUAUUCAACAUCGUGUUAGCUAUGGCUGCUACUGUUGAGAAUCUGCUUAUUCUGAUAGCCAUCUGGAGGACAUCCACGCUUCACACACCUUCUUACGUUUUGUUAUUUUGCCUUGUGUUGUCAGACCUUGGGGUAGGGCUGGUUGCUCAACCUCUCGUCGUUAUCUACUCCGUGGCCAAAAUACGGGGAAUUAUCAGCAUGGCGUGCGGCUUUGGUGUAGCCGUAGCCCUACUUGGUACUUACUUAUGUAGCGUUUCGCUAUUUAGCAUCACGGCGGUGAGUAUUGACCGAUAUCUGGCGUUGUAUCUGCACCUGAGGUAUAAACAACUUGUCACUAACAAGCGCGUUAUAACCCUGCUCGUUUGUACAUGGCUAGUCUUGGCUCUUGUUAUUGUAACAUGGCUAUGGUACCCAUCCCUCAGCUUUAUCAUAGGAGUGGCUCUUGGAUUAUGCUGUAUCGCCAUCACCACGUUUUGCUUUUGUCGCGUUUAUAUCGUUUUGCGUCAUCACCAUCUUCAAAUCCGAUCACAACAACCAAACUCUUUAAAAGAGGCGACGAAUGAAGAACCGCUUACCUCGAAAAAGUACAGACAAUCAGUGAUGGGUAUGUUCAUGGUUUACAUUCUCUUGCUGCUUUGCUACAUUCCGUAUCUUUGCAUCUCCAGUGUAAUCUUGGUUCAAGGAACAACUACCACAAACAGACUUAUUUUUGAACUGUUAAGAACCAUACUUUAUGCCAAUUCUGCCUUGAAUCCAUUUAUAUAUUGUUGGCGUCUCCGAGAUAUCAGGGCAGCGCUUAUCCAACACUUGCCCUGCGUUUAA